AUGUCAAUACAACGAAACAUUGGGAGCAGUGGUCUGGUGGCAGCUGGAGUCGGGGUGGGCGAUGUUGCAACACUGGUCAGCCUGGGGUACCGAAUAGGCAACUGGUUUACGGCGGAGAAAGGGGAUGUCGACUUCUUGGCCUUGAUUGAGGAGAGCGAGUUUGACUUCUUGAAGCGCCAGGGCGUCAUUGAUAUCCAGCGGUUCGAUAAGACCUGGAGCUGUCGUGUGAGGCUGCUCGAGAACGGGGUACCCCAACACUUCGAGGGCGCACCAGUGAAGAAUUUGCUGAGCAGCACUUGCCAUUGGACCGUCAUGAUGACUUGCAUCGUCGCCGUCCUCGACGAGUUUGCUUCAUCGUCUACUGUGCGAAAUAUUUGCAAAGAGUUCCUCCGGCGUCUUUUCUCAAGCGAAGAGGGAGUCAGGACCACGCAGGAUCUGCUGGACUCGAGCCUUCAGAUCAGGAUAAAUGGGUGGCGCUCUGCAGCAGUGGUUCGGGAGAUGAACGUCGCCUGUCAACGAAUACACAUUGACCUCCUCAAGCAGGGCUUGAUGGUGCAGGGCUUCAUGCCGUCAACGGAGACUGCUGAGGCCGUCGAAUUUCUUUAUUGGCUCGUCUGCCAGAAGACUGAAGUUCACCGGACAACUUCGUCUGAUAUCGCUGCUAUCGCAUACUGCUUGACCAAUCUCAGUUUCGAGGUCCUGACAGUCAAGAACUUUUGCCCCUCUUCCGGCAGAGAAACAAGUUGUUGUCUGAUCUAUGAUAACGCACCGAUCUAUACCGGAGCUGGAACCGGAUCUAUGUCUACAGCCAUGCGCCAGCGAUUCGCACCUAGAGAGCUAUCCACGACCGUGUCCCUUACCCAGCCCGAGGAAACGUUUUCGACGUUUCCUAUAAGCCGCGACACAGCGGCCAGGUGCCGUGACGCAUGGCAGCAGGGUAUCGAUGCUGGCAAACCCAUCAUACUUGGGCCGGGCGAGUCUGCUGAGUCUGGCUUCACGUGCGACCUGAUCAUGACAUUCAGGAACAAAGGAGAAUCGGUCGCCAACCAACGUCGAAUAGAAUCUGGUGCAUGGCGGAUCGCUUCUCUUCUAGCUGUCUUCAGCACGGAUGAGGUCAAUGGCAAACUAUCCGUAGUUCUUGGUCUUGAUUCACCAGGCUCACUCUCACGCAUCGCUGAAGUAAUCACGAGCGACAAUAUGUCAGGCGAAACAGGUCUUGAAGUUGCUCUUAACGAACCAACAGUUCUGGAGGCUUUCACCGUGUGCCAAGCAUUCUUCAUGGGAUACUACUACAAGAUCUUCUCGAGCAUCGUCGACACUUCAACACUUGAAGUCAAGACAGUAGCUGGCUGUUGGGGAUAUCGAUCAGCCGACUUCUUGCGCAGAAUACACAAAUCUUUCCAACGCACAAAUGGACUCAUCUCUGGCUCGGACAAGAACCAAUUCUCUAUGACGAGGACGGACGUCCUCUCAUUCAUAGCGACGAUGUAUGCCAACAUUGAUGUCAAACUACCCAAGGGUGGGUUCGUACCGUCCUUGAGCCAUCAAGAGCUCUGUGCGGGCGUCGUCGGGAAGCGCAUCGUCCUCUUGAACAGCCUAAUCAAUGAGUGCGAGACUAUUCAAGACAUCUUUCGCUUUGUGAUCCUCGACUGCGACGCUGGGGGUAUUCCUCGCACGUCGGAGGGCCUUGUGCUUACGGGUAUCCCACCCCGGGUUCCAACCUGGGAAGAAUGUGGACAGAGUCCCGGGACAGAAAAGGCCGUCGUCUUGGUGGGCUCGAAAGAAUACUGUACGCGACAUAUAGAAGCGAACUGGGACGGGCUGCCCGAGCAUAUGCUGCUCUGCAUUCGAUACAAGGGGCGACGGACCGGGGCUCUGAACCCCGUGCAGGCAGAUAUCAUCUUCUGCCUUGGUUCCAUACCAUCCAGUCCGGAAGAAACCCCACGGGGCAUAACCUUUGGACCAGCAUACUCCUGCAGUCUGGAUGAACUUGUCGAUGUUGGACGUGUCCAUUUGGUCACUCCGGGGCGGGAGUACCCCGACAUGCCCGUCGUCGUACAUACGAAGGGAAAUUCGUGUCUCCGGUAUGCCAUGGCUGCGUGGUACGCAGACCAAUGCGACGUGGUGUUGGUGAAAGACAGCCUUCAGCAAGCGUUCGAGUAUUGGAAGACUGGUGGCGGCAAGUCGGGCUCUCAUCACAAGUUUGUAGCUCUGAUCGGCUGA